AUGGACUUGUCUCUGAUCAUCAAACUCUCAUCUCCUCGCUUUUGUUCAUUCCCUUUCAAUUCAUACCCGGGAGGUUCAUCCUGCUCUGCUUCUUCCAAUACUAUAUUAGAUUCUUGGAAGGACAUACUCAGACAACAUGCUGAAGACCCAUACAGAUUUUUUACAUUUGAAGUUACAUACGGACAAAUUUCUCCUCUUGGUGUUUCACAAAGGGGCAUACUUAUCAAUGGGAAGUUCCCAGGCCCAACCAUUGACUGUAUCACCAACGACAAUGUAAUUGUCAAUGUCAUUAACAAGCUGGAUGAGCCCUUUCUUAUCACCUGGAAUGGUAUCAAACAAAGAAAGACCUCAUGGCAAGAUGGAAUGCAUAGAGCUGUUGGUGGUUUUGGGGCAAUUAAUGUCCGAGCAAGAGCUGUGAUUUUUGUCCCAUAUCUCAAACCAGUUGAGGAAUUCACUUUACUCAUCAGUGAUUGGUGGAAAUCUGAUCACAAGACACUACAACAAACACUCGACUCUGGGAACACUCUUCCCAUGGCUGAUGCUCUACUAAUCAAUGGUCAUGUUCAAUCAACCUCUUUCACUACUCAAAAAGGUCAAAGAUACAUGUUUAGAGUAUCAAAUGUGGCCUUAACCACUUCAAUUAACUUCAGAAUCCAAAAUCAUACACUGACACUAGUCGAAACUGAAGGAUCACAUACUUUACAAGAAUCAUACGAAUCACUAGACAUUCAUGUUGGUCAAUCCGCUUCUUUCUUGGUCAACCUUAAUGCUCCCUUAAAAGACUACUUCAUUGUUGCCUCAACUCGUUUCACCAAACCAGUUCUUACAGCUACAGCAACCCUCCACUAUGAUGGCUCCACCACUAAAGCUUCUUUACUACUACCAUGGGGUCCCACAUAUGAGAUUCAUUGGUCAAUGAAACAAGCAAGAACAAUCAGAUGGAAUUUAACAGCAAAUGCAGCUAGACCUAACCCUCAAGGCUCAUACCACUAUGGAACAAUCCCAGUAACAAGAACAGUUGUGCUUGCUAAUUCAGCUGCAAACAUUAAUGGAAAACUUAGGUAUGCUGUGAAUCAGGUGUCGUAUGCUAACCCAGAAACUCCAUUAAAGAUUGCUGACUUUUAUAACAUUCCUGGAGUCUUCCACUUAAGCUCAAUCAAAGAUUCACCUCCUUCAACCCCUCCUGUUAUAGGUGCCUCUGUUAUGGGAUUCACUCUUCAUGAUUUUGUUGAAAUUGUCUUCCAAAACAAUGAGGGAACUAUUCAAUCAUGGCAUCUUGAUGGGUCUGAUUUUUGGGCUGUUGGGUUUGGAUCUGGGCAGUGGAAUGCUACACUUAGGAAAAGAUUUUAUAAUCUGAAUGAUGCUACCACAAGACACACUAUGCAGGUGUAUCCAAAUUCAUGGAGUGCAAUAUUGGUUUCUAUGGACAACAAGGGGAUGUGGAAUCUGAGGUCUGCAAUUUGGCCAAGGAGAUAUUUGGGACAGGAGUUGUAUACAAGAGUUUGGAAUGAUGAAAAGAGUUCUCACACUGAAUAUGACAUCCCAUUGAAUGCAUUAAGAUGUGGAAAGGCACCAUUGAAUUAGAAGAUUAUGAAAUAUAUUGUUGAAUGUAGCUUGUUUUUUAAUUUAAAUUUUCAGUUUUUUUCAUCGGUUACAAGGGUGUAACUGUGUUGGAGAAGAUGAAAAACUUGAUUGGUAUUUUUGUUGUUUAGUAUUUUUCAUUCUAUAGGUGUUAUUUAAGUGAU